GGGCCUCUGCCAGCUGGCAGAUGUUUCCCGCGCGGCCGCACCAUUCCUCUAGCGUAAACCUACGCAACGUGAAAGUAGUCCCUUCUAAAGCAAUAAAUAUUUCUAACAAUAGCUCACCAAGCAGACAGCUAACCACACCAGUGAUUCGACGUAUGGCAGUAGAUAAUCUGCAUGCAACUACCUGCGGAAAACCGUAAAAACUUGGUGCGAAACUGAAGAUGAGCUGAUGUGCGAUUGGUCCAAAGAGAGUCAUUGUUCAGGGCAGAGUAUCAUGUAGCGUUCACCCUAACCGCGUACACUAAACUUGUCAUGAGUGCCUCGAAAACGCUUCUCCAACGUUCGACGCUGUGAAUCACGUCUAUGUUGCUGUGCUUCGUGGAAAUAUAAACUAGAUUGAGACAACAAACCACCGUGUGAUUAUAUUUUCGUUUCUGCAUAUCGUUUCUACAGUGCGCGAGUGUUAUUUGCCUCAAGUUUCAUGACAAAGUUUAGCAUGUGCCACGUGAUGAUUCGGUGUACAUGGACGGAAUGAUUUGCUUCGUGACAAGAUUCGUGAGAUGAUAUAUUUGAAAUGUAGUAUUAGUUUAUGCAACAUCGGACAUUACUUAUCGUAAUUUUCGAUACAUUAAACGAACAUAUAUAAUUAAUCAAGAGUGUUGUCGUGUAAACGCGAUAAAAAUAAUUGGUGUUAAAAAAUAAAGGAUUUCUAGGGUAUAUAAGAUUUGAGAAAAAAUUUGUAGUAGAAAGUGGCAGAUGUCCAAAGGGGCGUCGGAUCAACCAUAGGUGUUGACGGCACUGAAGCCGGCGGCGGAGUGAUUCGCGGCACUCUGUGGGGGCCCUCAGCUGUUUCCCGCCAAAGAUCGCCAUUACAAAACGCGUUCGGGCGUUGUGUGUGCGCCGCGCGGAGUGGCUGUCCCGUGGACGAAUCUCGGUGCGUGCCACCGCGGUCUAAAAAGUUAAUUAACGAGUUCCGUGGAGGAUUUGCGUCACGUUUGCGUGAAGUGUGCGCGUCGAUUUUUUUCGAGUGGAGUGCUGCGAAAGAGAGAGAAGCCCGUCGUCUUUUCGCUGCCGUGACGACGGCUGCUGGGACGGUGCGGGAUCGCGCGGCGGGAUUCUCAGUGCUGCGGACCAACGAGAUAUGUCAGUGUUUGGUGGCGAGGAUCGUAUUCUGCUCGAGGAAAUUGUCGAAACCACCGAGGAACAGGAAACCAAUUUGUGCGGCAUUGGAACAAUAGAGGAGGGCUCGGUGACCACGAGCGUGACGGUCGCCGAGGUCGUUGAUUCGCAGGAGCAACAGCAACAGCAAUCGAAAAGCAACGGCGCAGUAUCUCGCCGUGUUGCUGGUCAGAACGUUGCGUUGAGCAACGGAAAUAGUACCAGCAACGUCGGCCGCGUUACACCGCGAAGCCAUAUGGAGCAGGAGAAGCGUAUGCGGCGAGAAAUCGCCAACAGCAAUGAACGACGUCGGAUGCAAAGUAUUAACGCCGGUUUCCAAUCUCUAAGGACGUUGUUGCCACAUCAUGAGGGCGAGAAACUUUCUAAGGCUGCGAUACUUCAGCAGACUGCCGAAUACAUAUACCAGCUGGAGCAAGAGAAAACCCAACUGCUGUCACAGAACUGUCAAUUAAAGCGACUGGUGAAUCAACACGAGGGUGGUGAUGUUCCGAUCAAGAAACGCAAACCGGACAAUCAAGGAGGUGUCGUGGUUAGUCUACCAAUGCACGUUAGCGAAAGCGGUGACGAAGGAUUGGGCAGCAUGUCCCCAGAACCAUUGUCGGUAAUAACGGUGACCACAGAGGGACAUUCUGUGGUCAACAGUGAGGUGGUAGAACUCAGACGACAGUUGGAAAGGGAACGUCACGCGAGGUUGCAUCUAGAGAAGCAGAUGAGAGCUAUACAGAGUCAACUAUACCCGGAAAGAUUCAGGGAUAAUCAACUGAUCACUUAUCAGCCUCACGAGGUGAUUGAACAUACGGACAACGUGAUCGCUCAAGAGACAGAGGAAGCGGUAGCGGCACUGCAGGUAGUUUCCGUGGUGUCCUUGGCACCGGUUGGCACGACGCAGACCGUGGACACGUCUAGUCCGGAUCCAAGUUCACCACCUCUGUCUCCACAACCCGCCGAUAUGGUACCAGAAGAGAUCAAGGAGGAAGAGACUGGACCAGGUUCGCCGAAGAUUGUAACGUUUGGCCAGAACCAGGUGUUCUCCGCAAUUGACGAACAGACAACCGGUGACUCUUUUUCCUCGUCGAGUCGUGUCACGUACGCCACGACUACGGGGGAGUUUAAAAACGCGUCACCUCAAUAUAUCACCACCAGCCCCAGUAGGCCUUUCUCACCGACCGCGGAGCCGCAACGACUACCAAGCGUCCUCGAGGCUGCUAUGAAAGCGGAACCGAAAGUAGAAGUUGAGAGGUUGCCGUCGCCUUCGAACUCUCUAGACGACAGUUCCCCUCAGGCGAGGCUUUAUUUAGCGAACACCUCCAGACAGAAUCUGGAAACGAUCGUGGAGGCGAUACGUCACCUAGAGGGGGACCAUCUCUUCAGCGACGAACCAGCGCAGGACAUGCCGCUGGCGUUAACCAACAAACAAACGGCGAACACGUCGAGCAAAUCAUCUACUACGCCAGGUGCGUCGCCGACGGCGAAGCAGCGGCUACUACAGGCCGAGUUCCUCCAGUUCCACAGACAGCAACAGGCCCAGCAGCGACCGGGCGUGAUCGUAGUGAAGCAUUCGUGAUCAAAAGGCGCGUCGCGAUCAGCAAACUGAACGCGCGCGUUCGCCACGGCGAACUCGCCUCCGCUCGAGAUUAAUGGACGGUCGAAAACCCGCGACGCAUCGAGACAUCAAGAGACGCAUCCUUCGAAAAGUGUGUACACAGAAACACGUACGUUAAGUAACCAACCGAGAGAAUAAAGAAGAAGAAGAAGAAAGAAGGAUGUUUCUGCGACACAGUCUACGCUCGAGUCGGAGGCUCCGUUUCCUCGAAGACGCUCGGGACGCCUCCUUGCGUUUGCUGUUGUAACCGCCGACCGACCAUUGUAUCGGUGUUGCUCUGUCGGCGUUUUCGUAUGUUCCUACUGCCUGUCGUCCGCCGUCGUUUCGAGCACAGAUCUGUCCCCAGUGUCCAUCGAGAUUCAAACCUGUUGCUGUUUACGUUCGAGGGAUUAGAUAAUCGUUUAUUGGUUAAUAAGUAUCGACAGAUCCAACGAGAAAGCUAUCUAACCACAUACUUUCUAUCGAUGGAGUUUGAGGUUAUGAAAAUCUCGAAACGAGGGUGGGGCCAAAAAGUCGAAGCUCGACGAAAGGAUCCUCGCCACCGAGUCGUCGAAAUGUUUCCCUCGUCCUAACCUCACUUUUCAUCGCCCACUCCAAUCAUUAUUAUCCUUUCGCUAGUUCUUGUAAAUACCACCGAUAUAUUUUCCUCUUAAUUAGGUUCUCCAUCGUGUCCCAUUUCCGUUUUAUUUUUUUUAUUUUCUUUCUUUGUAAUAAGAACACGAUGGUGAACCCAAGCGUCUCCCUCAUUCCCAAGAAAGAUUCUUCCCUGUCCUGCUGUCAUCCUCAAUAACACUCGUAAUAGGGUUGAAUCGUUAGUCUUUUCCCAACAUUCAUCCCCUUCAUCACUUCGCGAAUCGAGACAGCGAAGCGGGCGUUUCUCUCCUCGUGUGUUAACGAGACAGGAUUUUUCAUUUUCUUUUUUCUUGUUUUUUUUUUCCAUAGACUUAAGGCGACAUGCUACCACAAUAAUAAUUAUUCCUAGGUCGUAAGGCUGCGUAUGCUGUAUGUCGUACCGAUAUAUACAUAUGUACACACGAUAUAUACGUAUAUACAUGAGACAAUGUAACGAGUACGAUCCCCUUCCGCGAAAUGUGUAUAUACAUAUAUGUAUAUGUAUAUGAUGUGUGUAUACGUAUAUAUGUAUAUAGAUAUAUAUAAUGGAUAUAUAUACACACACACACACAAACAUACACACAUUUGCGUUUUCUUUUUUACAUUGUUACGAGAAUUCAAAGAAAAAAGGAAAAAAAAGGAGCAUUCUAUAUAUAUAUACAUAUAAAAGAUACUUAUAGGAAGCGGAUACACUCUCGACGACGCCGUACAUUCUUUUUUCUUUUCUUUUUCUCUGUUUCUUGUUUUUCUCUUUAUGUUUCUGUUUUUUUACGAUGUUCAUAUGGACUUAGUACCAUAUUGUUCGAGUGAUAGUUCGAUCAACAGGGUCGACCACACACAUUGUACGCAUACUACACGUAUAUAUGUGUAUAUAUAUACGUAUAUGUAUAUUACACAUACACGCCGCAUGCUUAAUAUUUGACACACAUUAAGAUGCACCUAAGCGAAAGAGCCAUAAAAAGAAAAGUACCGAUUGUUUCCAUGAACCAAUUUAGGAAGAGAAAACAAAAAAACGGCAGAGCGAAAGACAUAGUUAUCCAGUCGAAGAGUGAUCUCGUCGCACGAGAGAGCACACGCGAGCAAGAAAUUCCGUUUAAUCUGUGCCAAAUAUCGAGUAACCAGACUUUUUGUUCCUUCGUAGAUAGUAGUAGUGCCAGCGACGAAAAACAGAAAAUUGGUAGACCUGGCGUUCGAACCAAAAUGGCGGCGAUCAGCCGCUGAAACGAUGAUCGUUCACUCCCUUCUCGCAAAUCGUGUCUGGCAUGCAUAUUACGACACUCGAGCUCGCGAGGCAGACUUUUUCUACCGUGUGUACACUUUUUUAAUAUUCACUUGUUCCCCUAACCUCAAUCGCGAGACGAAAAUUCGAAAAACCAAAAAAACAUAUAAUAAAAAAAUAACAAAAAAAAAUAUAUACAUAUAUAUAUAUUGAAACGCAGAAGGCUGAAACACUGGGAGCAAUCACCAUCAACACUGCUUCGGUGAUCCUCGCAACAACACUUUCCCCCCCAACCAUUUUUGUACGUCGAACGAAGCACGAUGUUUUUAGGUUAAGAAACUUGAGAGAAGCGAGCCAUGAUUUCUUCGUGCCUUUUGAAGGGAAGAACGAUCUAUUCGAUUGGAUCGAACGCGAUUUAAAUACCGACCAAUCAAAUAUUGUAGAACUUUGUUUAUCUGAAAGCUGAAGUUAUUCAUGAAGGAAAUAAUGUGCAUAUAUAACAAGAGUCUAUUACUAUACAUGACCCUAUGACAAAGCCAUAUUGAUCAUCUGUAUAAAUUGAAAAGUAGAGAAGAGUGACGAUGUUGCAGACACUAUUUUUUAAUCUUACUUUAGAAUUUAUUAUUAUUUUUGUUAUCUCUUUGCAAUAAAUGAUCUUGUGAAAGUAAGUCAUUUGUUUAUUGAGAAUUGAAUAUUAAUCAUGUAGUCACGCAAUGAAACUGAGAAAUUGACAAAAGUGGUGCUGAUCAAUUUGGCUUAUGAGGCGCUUAAUAAAAGUUCAUAUUCAGGAUUCUCUUGCACAAUAAUUUAGCAUAAAUAUUAAUAAAACUAAUAAAUUGACAAAUUAUGAAUUUUAUGUGUUAGACUUCUCUUUUAUAGACACAUGUUAAAUAGGAUAAGCAAAUGACUUGUGAUUUGUAAAAAUUCAUUUAUUUUAUUAUCAAAAGAACUUAUUAAUACUGAUAAUUUGUAACUUAUGAUUAGUAAAAUGUCACUGAUAAUACUAAUUUCAUUGUGCAAGAGAAAUCAAAUAAUCAGUUAACAAAAUUUCGUUUCAAUAAAUGAAGUUCUACUAUAUAAACAGACACACAUACAUUCGUUUGAGUUAAACGCGUCUCUCUCUCUCUCUCUUUCUCUCUUUCUCUCUCGUUUUACGUUGCAUCUUUUUUUUCUUAACCCUAGAAAAAUAAACACGGACUGAAUUACCGACAUAACGCAUGCGUCUAGUUAUUUUUUUCUAUGUCUCUUUUCUUUCCAGAUCGAAACAGUGGAUCCUUUCGAUCGCCAUUCGAUAUACCGACACACGGUUUAGUUUUCCAUGCGAUGAAGAUACGAGAGAGUGUGUAUGUAUUGAGUUUUGAGCGAAUAUGUAGUAUGCCUAUCAUCGAGAGGGAUUUCAUUGUUAGAUAUACAUACACUUGUGUUUGUAAGUACGUAAGCAAAAGGCAGACGCAGAAAGAAUUAUGAGAUAAA